AUGUCCUUUGAUGAACAAAGACACCUCUUGGGACCAUUGGAGGAAGUUACUGUCAUUCAACUUAUGAGUUGUGAUCAAGAAACUCAUGCUGACUUCCGGUCCUCCAAUCUGCAGGGGAGCGAAGGUUGGAGUCAAUCCUCCGGUGAAGAGGAAUCUGGGGGGAACCUGCAAGAAGAGCAACGACAGAAGUCCUCUGGCGGAUGGGAAUCUGUAGGAAGGAAAGGCCGCCGGCUAGGAGAAGGAGGUGGAGGCAGUGACUGUUGGAACUGGCAGAGAAGGCCGGGGGUAUGGCUUUUAGCUUUGGUUUUAUUACCAGCUAGGUCACAUAUUUACAUGCGAAUUGGACUAGUGAUAUAUCUUUCAUUUCUGUCAGUACUUGCUCUUCCAGCCCAAAUUUGGAUGGACCAAAUGGGAAGAGUGGCCUUUCUUUCUGGAGUCUUAUUCGUCAUGCUGGGAUUUGGAUCAGACAGUAUACUUCCAACUGUCCAGUUGAGAACUCCUCCCCCCUCAAUGAUAGGGUUGCCUGAUAUUCCUAAAUCCUUGGAAGGUUAUUCAUAUCUUAUCAUGAAGUUAGGACCAUUGCAACUAACAAGGAAAGGGUUAUCAGUGGCAAGCACUUCUGCAUGUUUAACAUUUACUAUUUUUCAAAGCGCUAGUCUCUGCUUGGCAACGACAACGCCUGAGCAGCUUGCAUCAGCAUUGUGGUGGUUCAUGUAUCCAUUAUCUUGUUUGGGUGUUUCAGUGGAUGAAGUUAUACUUACUUUGCUACUUUCAUUGAGGUUUAUCAAUAUAGUGUUUGAUGAGGUACGGAACACUGCUCUUGGGAUUGUUGCACGGAGAAUAUACUGGCAGAAGCUGACAUUUUUGGAAACACUGGAUGGUAUUUUUUUUUUCUUUUGGCUUAUGUAA